AUGACAGAUCCGCUUAGCACAGCUUCUGGUGUUGUGGCCCUGGUGACCUUCGCCUUGCAGUCUAGCGUGACUCUCCAUCGGACUAUCCGCAGCCUUCGGAGCCAAGAGAAGGACGCGCGAGCUCUCAAAGACGAACUUGCCGAUCUAACUAGCGUGUUGGAAACGCUUCUAGAAACGAUCGAGGGCCACCCUAAUAUUGAUUUUGGAUCUCUCGCGCUUCCUCUACAGCGCUGCGGCAAGACAUGCCAAGAAUAUGGCGAGCUUAUUGCCAAAUGUACUAGGCAUUCCACGAGCUCACGAGCGAGCCUUCGCGAUUGGAUCACUCAGCGGUAUCUCCAAGGAGAUAUUAAUGAUUUUCGCAACAUGUUAUCAGGGUACAAAUCGACCAUCAACAUAGCUUUAGCAAAUGCAAACAUUCGCUUCGCCGCAAUAACACCGCAAGUUCUGGAGGAUUACAAAGACUUGAUCCUUGACACGACCCUUGAUUUGAAGGAGCAUCUCGAAUCGCUUGAAGAAAAAGUUGGCGACUUACAAAAGAGCAUCCCCCAGGACGAUGAAGCUGAAUGGGCGGCUCUUUCGGAGGAGAAGGAAAGCACAGAGCAGGGUCUCAAACUAUGUGCCCAGCUGUCCGCUCAGAUCGAGCAAUUUAUGUCGCUAUCUGCGGAGAAUCCACAGUUCUCAAGCCGCCCAUCAGCACACAAGCACAUCAAAUCGGGCCUCGGCCCUGUAGGGGCUAGCCUCCAGUCUCUUUUGCUUAUUCUGCAAAAGCAUGAGUCAAGCAUCAAACAGCAAAUGGAGGCUCUGCGUGUGAGCGGAUUACAUGGGGAUGUCACCGCACAAAUCGAAUCUUUGGAGGAAACAAAGACCGCCAUUCGCCAGUGUAUUCAUGUCGUCUCCGAUGCCGACGAGACUGUGCGAGAGGAGAGACGCAAUGUUUUUGCGGACAUCACCAUGGCUGACGACAGCUACGCUUUCUCUGUGUCCACUGUCGGAGAUUUAGUGACCGCGAGAGGAUUCCAUCUUAGCGGACGUGCCCGUCAUGUUGGUGGGCAGAUCAGCGAUGAAAGCUAUCAAAUGACCGUUGACGCACUUACGAAAUUAGACCUUGCGCACUCUCAGUCCACGCGCCAGAAUAGCCAGGAUCAUGAUCAAAAGACUCAUGGCCCAACACCGGUUCACCCUGAAACCGGGGGUACUAAGACUUUUCAAGAUCGUUAUGGACGAGGAAUGAAACUUUCGUUGCCAAACGACGGCAACAGGACACCAGAUGUCCCUUAA